CACCCACCCUAUUGUCUUUUCAUCUUGUAAAGAAUAAUAUCUCCUGAUUAAGAAAUCCUUAUAAUCAUCCCCUCAAUUUUCAUUCCACAGCAUAUAUUCCUAGAUCUCUAGCUAAUAUCUCAGAUAGUCCUCCUUAAUUAUCAGUUUUUUCAUGGCUAAAAUCCAUUCUAAGAGUGCUCUUUCACUUGCAACUCUGUCCCUACUCUUUGCAAUCCUUUGCAUCAACUGUAUUCUUGUUGCAGUAGAUGGAGAAUUGCAAACUUUUGGUAGAGUUCUAAAUCCAACAGAGUUAGGACUCAAAAAGGAAAAACUGAGCCAUUUUCUCAUGUACAGGCAUGAUAUUGUCUCCGGUCCUAAUCCUACUGCAAUCGAAGUUGCAAGUGCGCCUACAACAAGAAACUCCUCAACUUUUUUCGGAGGUGUUGUAAUGAUGGAUGAUCCGUUAACCGAAGGACCGGAAUUGAGUUCCAAACUUAUCGGGCGAGCUCAGGGUUUUUAUGCAUCAGCUGGAAUAAAUGAAUUGGCUAUGUUGGUGAACAUGAAUUUUGCUUUCAUGGUUGGUGAAUACAACGGUAGUACUAUAAGUAUCAUGGGAAGAGAUGCGUUACUAUCGGAAAAAGUCCGUGAGAUGCCGAUUGUUGGUGGUGCCGGACUGUUCCGAUUUGCUCGUGGGUAUGUUCAAGUUCGGACUCAGAAAGUGAAUGUUACUAGUGGUGAUGCUGUUAUUGAAUAUAACAUUUAUGUCUUUCAUUACUGAAUAAACAUACGGGUUUGAUUCAAAUAAAUUUGAUCUUCUGUUUA